AGGGCUCCUUCAUGCCUUCUUACGAUGGUUCUUCAUUCAUUCAUUCAUUCAUUCGUUCGAUGUAUAUAAAUCCAUUCUACUGGAAGCACUCAUUCACUCAGUUCCACCCGCGCGGGAGAAGCUUUCUGACGUCAUACGACAUGAGGUUUCCCGAUACGUUUCUUGCAUGUGACAACGGUACGUAAUUGAGGAAAAGCUUCAUCCUGCGAUCGAUAACUCUGAUGUGGUCUCUCGUUGGCACUCGUUAGCCGCUUCUGGUCACAGUCUGAUUUUCACCGCUGCAAAAGCCAGUCGGGGUUUUCCGUUUUAUCCUUACAGCCUGUCGUGCUCCGGAGGUCCUUGGCUGUGUGGGGUUUUGGUGCAACUACUAGCCUUCUGAAAGAAGGUAAAAGGAUAGAAAAUUACUACUUCGACGCCAUUGAACUAAGUGCAACAUAUUUUGGGACAUUAUUUGCGGAAGAUUGCCGGAAUUUCAACAAAUUAAUGUGCACGGGACCAGCAGUCAGCCAUUACAAUUUUCCAGUGUAGCGAAUCAAGUGUGGAAAAAUUUUCUAUCUCCCAAGAAGUGGAUUGGCGAGAGGACGGUGCGACGGAGAGCGCUCAUUGCAAGCAAGCCGUGGAAGGAAAUUAAGGGGUCAUUGCGAGGUCGUAGCAUAGUUGAUUUUUAAUCAAAGCCUACUACUGAGCACAUUAGUGGCAACUGUGAGGCGAAAGAAAUAGUUUUUUGCGAAUGAUUCCAAAGGAAGUGAUUAUGUAACAUAUUAAGGAUACAUAUUCAUACCCUGUUUCGGAAGCGAAGCUAUUCAGUGAGUGAAAUUCGGGAGAGUUGGGUAUCCCUCGGAAAAUUGAAAGUAAAAUAGCGCGUGAUUGUGUUGGUUGAAUGUGCGAAGGAAUUUCAUUCAUUCCGAACGUUUUCGGAUUGUUCCAUCAUGUAUCGGAAGUGUGAAUAAAGCGAAAGCACCCAGUAGGAAGCGUCUAAUUGGUGGUGAUUGUCUAUUAUUCUGGAGCGACUUGGCUGCCUAAAACUAAGAGAGAGAACGAACCUCCCAUGCAACGAGGAGGAUCGCUGGAUCCAUGUUGUUUGAUUUUCUUUCGGCCGGAGCAAUCUGAGGCUGCAUCUCGGUGAAGGCGCACAUGUGCGGGCUACGAUUUAGAACAAGAAACUCUCCGUCUCAGAAGACAUCCCUUCGUUGGGGUGACAGCUGCUCUCCCUACUGAACAGUUGACUACGAUCACGGCUCAACAGCACGUCGGAAGAUCCCACCACAGCGAAUCUCUCCAUCUUCGCCUUCUACGUCAUUCACCGUCGCGGACUCAUUCAUCCCGAAAGCAGCAGGCCAACAUCGAAGUGAACUCUAGAGACAUUAAUACGUAACAAUAGGGGGUAGCCAUUUCGUCGAAACAUUCACAAGGCCGAAUUCCGACCUAACCCAAAUCCAAGCAAAGGAAACAUGGUCGCUAUCAAAGUGUUGAAUCCUAGUUCUAAGUGUAACGUUUUACGCGUAAAAUAUCUGUGAUGUGUUAAAAGGCUACUUACAAAUAAAUGUUCUAAGAUUUCAAAAUAAGUGUCAGAAGAGUUGAAGGAAAGGUAGUCCUUUACUAGGCAAUAAAAUAUACCAACUAUCAUCACUACACCGCACCGUUAGUCCAGUGAAGGAAAGAAAACGGGAGAGCUAGUCUUCCCCAUCCCCAUUGCCAACUGCCGCCAUACGAACCGGAACCCUUGAGCUCACGUGAGCCACCAGUGUUUGGAGAGGUCCUUGUGCACCCGUCUUUUCGAAGACAUCCUUUAACCACCAGCUACAGCAAACCAAACUAACUCGCCCAGUCAGCACAUAUAUUUUCUCAUUAUCGAAAAUUCCUGGAACAAUAAUCGGUACAAUAAAAGCCAACGACUUUCGCCAACCCACUUACUGUUGGUCAACUCAAGGCGCACUCCACACGAGUCAUAAGAAGAUCAUAAAGCAGGUGACAAAUCUCACGGACGGCGCCAACGCACACGACAUAUCACGAAAAGUUGCAAAAGCCAUCGUAAAAAAAAGCUCACCUUCGCCGAAAAACUCCCUUACUUUAUUGGCCAACGGAACUCGUCACCCACUUCAUCGCAUCACAUUCGAACCCUCGCAACGCGGAGAAAAGGAAAACAAGCUUUAAGUAUUAUUAAGUACCCUGCAAAGCGUGAACCUCCGUCACCAUCAUCCGUAAAGGAAACACAAACCCGGAGCACCGAUUGACUUCCUCUAAAUCAGAGGGCCCAUAACGAGACAAAUCCACUCGACGUGACCAAUUUACCACGAUUGUGCCGGCGACAUUAUAUUGAUAGAUUGCAGUUUAAGCGGGCGGCCAUCAUCAUUAUCAACGAGUACCACAGCAAGAAAAAAAAUCAAGAAGAUAAGCAUCUACGGUUUCUCGGACACUAAUUAGCGGGAGCACAAACGCACUUUAUCAUACGCAUAUUGGAGGGAAAGUACGAAUAAAAAAAGCCUCAACAUGAUUAACAUUGCCGGCGUUAUCAGUAUUGUGCUGUUCUAUAUCUUGAUCCUGGCGGUCGGAAUAUGGGCCGGACGGAAAAAGGAAUCCGGAAACGACUCGGAAGAGGAGGUGAUGCUUGCCGGUCGAUCUAUUGGACUGUUUGUGGGAAUUUUUACCAUGACAGCGACCUGGGUUGGUGGCGGGUACAUCAAUGGCACAGCGGAAGCAAUCUACACAUCCGGCCUGGUCUGGUGUCAGGCACCGUUCGGCUAUGCACUCAGUUUGGUUUUCGGUGGAAUCUUUUUCGCCAAUCCGAUGCGAAAACAGGGCUACAUCACCAUGCUGGAUCCGCUGCAGGACAGCUUUGGAGAGCGCAUGGGUGGUUUGCUGUUUUUACCGGCGCUGUGUGGUGAGGUGUUCUGGGCCGCUGGUAUCCUGGCCGCUCUCGGUGCCACCCUAUCGGUCAUCAUCGACAUGGAACAGGAGACGUCGGUCAUCCUGUCCGCGUGCAUCGCGGUAUUCUACACCCUUUUCGGAGGGCUGUAUUCGGUGGCGUACACCGACGUCAUCCAGCUGUUCUGCAUCUUUAUCGGGCUGUGGAUGUGUAUUCCGUUCGCCUGGACGAACGAUCACGUCAAGAGCUUGUCGGGGAUGGAUGUGGACUGGAUCGGUGAAAUCGGCGAAGGAUAUCACUGGUAUUAUGCGGAUUAUGGACUGCUGCUGGUUUUUGGCGGUAUUCCGUGGCAGGUGUAUUUCCAACGUGUGCUGUCCAGCAAAACUGCCGGUCGGGCUCAAAUUCUAUCAUACGUGGCCGCCUUUGGUUGCAUUCUUAUGGCCAUUCCACCAGUAUUGAUUGGAGCUAUCGCGAAGGCGACUCCAUGGAACGAAACCGACUACAAGGGACCGUGGCCACUGACGGCUCAAGAAACGAGCAUGAUCCUGCCAAUGGUGCUGCAGUACCUGACGCCGGACUUUGUUUCGUUCUUUGGGCUGGGUGCCGUCUCUGCCGCCGUUAUGUCCUCGGCGGAUUCAUCAGUAUUAUCCGCGUCGUCUAUGUUCGCCCGGAACGUGUAUCGGCUUAUUUUCCGUCAGCGUGCCUCCGAAAUGGAAAUCAUCUGGGUGAUGCGCGUGUCGAUCCUGGUGGUGGGCAUACUUUCCACCAUAAUGGCCCUAACGAUACCCUCCAUCUACGGCUUGUGGUCAAUGUGUUCCGAUUUGGUAUACUGCAUUCUGUUUCCUCAGCUGCUCAUGGUGGUCCACUUCAAGAAACACUGCAACACCUACGGAAGCCUGGCCGCAUACAUAAUCGCCUUCCUGGUGCGGCUGUCGGGCGGUGAAGCCAUGCUCGGACUGCCGGCGUUGAUCCACUAUCCGGGCUACAACGAGGAGACGGCCACGCAGAUGUUCCCCUUCCGCACGAUGGCGAUGAUUAUGAGUCUGAUCACGCUGAUAGGCGUCUCCUGGUGGACGAAAUGGGUGUUUGAAACUGGCCGAUUGGCACCGAACUACGAUUAUUUCCGCUGUGUGGUCAACAUUCCGGAGGAGUUGCAUCGAGUUGGGGAGCCAUCUGAUUCCGGUGAACAGCUCUCGGUAAUGGCCGGUGGAAUGACCCGAAUGUACGGUGCGGCCACCAUGGUUGGCAAGGACGAACGGAACGGUCGGGUGAAUCCGGCCCUCGAGGCGGACGACGAUCUGCCGGUGGAGGAAGCCAAACGGCAAAUCGAGCAACAGCAGCAGCAGCGCCAGUACGGCACUGGCGGCGGAGGUGGAGUGUUUCUGAGCGACGGCAGUGUGGUUCCCGGGGCGCAGGCACACACGGCAUUUUGAAACCGGAUGCAGCAGUAAGAAACUGCUCGCUCGCGUGAAAUAGAAACGAUACCAAUGAAAAGGGGUGUGCGUGGGUGUGGAAACACGUGCAUCAAUUAUGUCAGUUUUUUCCACGUGGCAAUCCCGUGCACGGGGGUGUUAUGGGUUCUUCUACUAUGAUUUGCGAAAUUGGAAACGGUGUGCAUUGGAAAUAUUUGGGGUUGAACCCCAGUGGAACUACAGCAAACGAUACAUAUCAUAAAGAGAUUAGGGUUCUUAGUGUUUAGUUUCUUAAACAAUAACGCAAUCGAUACAUAUCAAAAACAAGGCUUAAAGGAAACAAACCAUACACGAAAGAUCUUGAAGUACAUUAUAAUCACACCAGAGAGCAUUAGUGGGGAAGUUAAGUUAUGAACAAAUCUUUAAUGGCUGUAUGUUAAUGAGAGUUUAAACUUUGCGACGAUGAUCGAUUUAGUGAAACGCAGCAAUUUUAGUAGCAGGUAAGAAAGUUCACGACGUUAAUAGUUUAUUUUGUAAAUGUUUGUUUUUGUCGAAUAUUGUUUACAAAGUGUACGAUGGUGUCUUUGAAAGUGGAGAUUGGGGAAACUUACGAGAAAGAGUUUGUUACCACAAAAACUAGUCAUUAUUUUACGUAAACAGCAGGAACAAUGCAACUUAUUGUACAAAUCUCUAAUGUUUAGUAAGAAGAUCAGAAGUAUUAACUUUUUCCCAUUAACAAACUGUCAAACAGAUCGAAAAGUUUCCCUCGAAUUUCGAACGAAAGAGAAAAGGUGUUAAAUAAUUUUGAAUUGAAGUUACUGUUUUGUGAUAGUUUAUUUGCAUAAAUUCCUCCAGAGAAGCUUUAACGAUACAAAAUGUUGUGAAUAUGGAAAUGCUUUAUUGAAAUGGAAACAACCGAAAAAAAGAUAAUAUAUGUCAAAAUAUCAGACAAUGGUGCUAGAAUAAUAGUAAAUGUGAGCAAGUUACUAACUAUCUGUUCUGUUUGAUGAUGUGAUCAAAUGAAUAUAAGUGUUGUUGUGUCGGACGGAUGAGCGAUUUUAUUUUACUAUUCUCAUUUCAUUAUUUCAUGACUAUAAAUUACUUUCCCGUGGUUCAGUUUAUUGAGCACAGUUAUAACAAAAAUAUACACAUAUUGCUUUCAGAAGAUGAAACUACUUAAAACAUGAAUAGAACUGACUAUGAAAUAAAGAGCAACUUAAGAAUUAAUCUGUAGAAAUCAGUUUACUGUAUAGUCAAUGAAUUAAACUGUAUUUGACCGUAGGUGUUAGUGCUAAGCAAAGGAAACAACCAAACCAAUAUUAUUCGUAGGCUAAUUAAACGAAACACAGGCAAUUACGACUCAUACAUAUCAGUCAAUGCAGAUUCUGAAUCGAUGCGAAGAACAAGCUUCAUAUGUUGAAGAUCCCAGUACAUACAUAUCAAAAUGUGUCCUUCCGAAUGAUGAAAAAAAUAAAAUAAAUAAAAUGUGAAGAAAAACUAUGAGUGUGAAAAAAAAGUUCAUCUUACAUAACGUUUUACACCUGUAUGUGAUUUCUUGUAAGAUAUGUCUCAGACUAAAAUGCCUUCGGAAACCGCUUCGUACUUAUUGGGUGAGGUUGUUAGGAUUUUUGUAUGCGUUUUUAGGUUUUAUUAUAUCACAAUUUCAAUAACCGGAAACUUAGUUUGAAUAAAGGUACACAAAAGUUUAAUAUUUUAUGAUCCUUUGCAAAUGUAUACAAUAAUAUUCGUCUGUCUUCAGUUGUGUUAUUCAAUUAGGCAUUUCGCUCAAUGGACCAACAAACUUGAUAAGUUUUUAUUUGUUUGUUCCGUUCCGGUUCCCGUCUAACGUUUGUCGGCAGAUUUCAUUCCCACUUCUAUGUGGGAUCAAGCCUUUCUUCCGUUCUCUAAUUGCAGAUGCGAUCGACCUCCGGUGACAUCCAGGAUUGAGCAGAGCAACUGUAUCUUCUUCUUAUUGGCAUUACAUCCCCACACUGGGACAGAGCCACCUCGCAGUUUAGUGUUCAUUAAGCACUUCCACAGUUAUUAACUGCGAGGUUUCUAAGCCAAGUUACCAUUUUUGCAUUCGUAUAUCAUGAGGCUAACACGAUAAUACUUUUAUGCCCAGGGAAGUCGAGACAAUUUCCAAUCCGAAAAUUGCCUAGACCGGCACCGGGAAUCGAACCCAGCCACCCUCAGCAUGGUCUUGCUUUGUAGCCGCACGUCUUAUCGCACGGCUAAGGAGGGCCCACAGAGCAACUGUAUAUUGCGGGCUUCGAGCCUUUUGAAGGGAGGCUACUGGGACCCUUCAAAGAAAACUUCCAAGCCUUUUGAAAGGAGGUUUCCGAGCCUCGUAUAAGAGGGCUUUAAGCCCCUUGAACGAAUGCUUCAGAGUCUCUUUAAGGGAGGCUGCUUAAAAAACCCUUUAAAAAAGGCUUCAGAGAUUCUCGAAAGGCCUUUCGAGCCUCUUAAAAGGAUGCUUCCGAGUCGCUUGAAAGGAGGCUUACAAGCCUCUCGAAAAGAGGAUUUCGAGACUUUUGAAAGGAGGAUUCUAAACUUCUUGAAAUAAGGGUUCUGAUCCUCUGGAAAGGAGGCCUCCGAGCCACUUCAAAGGAGGCUUCCGAGCCUCUUUAAAUGCGGAAUCUGAGCAUCUUGAAAGGAGACUUCCGAGCCUUUUAGAAGGUGGCCUAUAAACCUCUUGAAAUCACUUCCGAGCCUUUGAAAAGGAGGCAUCCGAGCAUCUCGAAUGGAAGCAUGCGAGCCCCUUGAAAGAAGGAUUUCGAACCAAUUGAGAGAAGAGCUUCCGAGCCGCUUCAAAGGAGGCUGCUAAAACUCUUCAAAUAAGGCUUCAGAGAUUCUCGAUAGGAGGCUUCCGAUCCACUUGAAAGGAGGCUUUCGAGCCUCUUUAAAUGAGGAAUUCAAGCAUCUUGAAAGGAGACUUCCGAGCCUCUUGAAUGGUGGCCCCUGAACCUCUUGAAAGUGGGUUCCGAACCACCUAAAAGUGGGCUUCCGAGCCUUUUGGAAAGGAGGCAUCCGAGCAUCUCGAAUGGAAGACUUUUGAAAGAAGGCUUUGGAACCUCUUUAAAGAAGAGCUUUCGAGUCUCUUGAAAGGAGGCUGCUGGGACCCUCCAAAAAAGGCUUCAGAGAUUUUCGAAAGGAGGCUUUCAAGCCUCUUGAAAAAAGGCUUCAGAGUCGCUUAAAAGGUGGCUUCAAAGCCACUUUAAAGGAGGCUUCCAAGCAUCUUGAAAGGAGGUUUUCGAGCUUUUUGAAAGGAGGCUUCCGAGCCUCUUGAAAGGAGGCUUCCGAGCCACUUGAAAGGAGGCUUCCGAGCCACCUGAAAGGAGGC